CUUAAAAACCCAGUAGAACAUAGUAGCAUUGUAACAAACGUUGAUUGACAAAGAGACAAAGUUGCUAAAAGGAUGGUGAUUUCUGCAGUGUCUUCCAGAGUUGAGAGUUUGUCAAGCAGUGGGAUUCGAGCGAUCCCAAAAGAGUACAUUAGGCCACAGGAAGAGCUAACAAGCAUCGGUGAUGUUUUCGAAGAAGAGAAGAAACAUGAAGGACCUCAAAUCCCAACAAUAGAUUUGAAGGAGAUCGACUCUGAGGACAAAGUGGUUCGCGAGAAAUGUCGUGAGGCCUUGAAGAAAGGUGCUGUGGAGUGGGGAGUUAUGCACCUUGUCAACCAUGGCAUCUCCAACGAGCUCAUGGAGCGCGUCAAGGUUGCCGGAAAGGCCUUCUUUGACCAACCAGUUGAGGAGAAGGAGAAGUAUGCCAAUGACCAGGCUUCAGGGAAGAUUCAAGGUUAUGGUAGCAAGCUUGCUAACAAUGCUAGUGGGCAACUCGAGUGGGAGGACUACUUCUUCCACCUCAUUUUUCCUGAGGACAAGCGCGACUUGUCGAUAUGGCCUAAGACACCAAGUGACUACAUUGAGGCUACUAGUGAAUAUGCAAAGGAAUUGAGAGGCCUAGCAACAAAAAUUCUGUCAGUUUUAUCACUUGGUUUGGGAUUGGAAGAAGGAAGGCUAGAGAAAGAAGUUGGAGGGUUGGAGGAGCUGCUUCUUCAAAUGAAAAUCAACUACUACCCCAAGUGCCCUCAACCAGAACUAGCUUUGGGUGUUGAAGCUCACACUGAUGUAAGUGCACUCACUUUCAUACUCCACAACAUGGUCCCUGGUCUGCAACUCUUCUAUGAAGGCAAGUGGGUGUCUGCUAAAUGUGUCCCUGACUCCAUUAUCAUGCACAUUGGUGACACCAUUGAAAUCUUGAGCAAUGGAAAAUACAAGAGCAUUCUUCACAGGGCGCUUGUUAACAAAGAGAAGGUUAGGAUUUCAUGGGCUGUUUUCUGUGAACCACCUAAAGAGAAGAUCAUUCUCAAGCCAUUGCCAGAGGUUGGGUCUGAGACGGAGCCAGCACGGUACCCACCUCGCACUUUUUCUCAGCACAUUCAGCACAAGCUGUUCAAGAAAACCGAGGAGGCUCUCUCCAAAAAAGUCUAGAUGUUGCCGGGCUUCGUUAGUUUCUAUUAAUGUUUUUAUUAAGGGAUUUUAAUGAUGGUUGUUGAAGGUUCUUGUCGUGGCAGGUGUUGUUGAAUUUGAUAUUGUGCUUGUUAGUUUCAUGUUGAAGGUAAUCCCUUGGCUUCUCUCAUCUCUGUACCUGCUUCAUUGAAUAAGAAUUAUUUUACUUCUCUUUUACAA